UGAAUGCGGGGUCCGGGGAGAGCGGAUAUAGUGAAUGCGGGGUCCGGGGAGAGCGGAUAUAGUGAAUGCGGGGUCCGGGGAGAGCGGAUAUAGUGAAUGCGGGGGUCCGGGGAGAGCGGAUAUAGUGAAUGCGGGGUCCGGGGAGAGCGGAUAUAGUGAAUGCGGGGUCCGGGGAGACCGGAUAUAGUGAAUGCAGGGUCCGGGGAGAGCAGAUAUAGUGAAUGCAGAGUCCGGGGAGACCGGAUAUAGUGAAUGCAGGGUCCGGGGGGAGAGCGGAUAUAGUGAAUGCAGAGUUCGGGGAGACCGGAUAUAGUGAAUGCAGGGGUCCAGGGAGAGCGGAUAUAGUGAAUGCAGGGUCCGGGGAGACCGGAUAUGGUGAAUGCAGGGUCCAGGGAGAGCGGAUAUAGUGAAUGCAGGGUCCGGGGAGA